AUGCGAUCUGACGUUGAAUCGGGCUUUGAUGGAUGUGCGGACGCCCCCUUCGUGCCGCUGCUGGACUGCGCAGGGAAGCGAGCGGCAGCCGCACUGACGAUCCAGGCUGGCGUCCGCCGCUUCCUGCAGCGGAGCGCGCUGGCGAAGCGGGCGCGGCGCAGCAGCGACGCAGCGGAGGGGCAGGAUCCGUAUCUUUGCGCGCUGCUGCGCCCCGCUCGUCCAGCCGCGGCCUUCGAGAGGCGCAGCCCGGACGAAACACUCGAUCUCUCGCAGAGCACAGCGCUCUUUCUGCUCGAUGAGUUGGUGCAGUUCCUUGUCGGGGAGGCACCGCGUUUCGCGCAUCUCUCAGCGAUCACCCGCGCUCGCCCGAGACAUGGCGUCGACGCGACCGAGCCCCUCCAGGCAUGGUUCAGGGGGCCCGCUGACCGUUGGGCCGCCUCUGGGGCGCGCGUCUCCUUGCACGUGGACCCCGUCAUCCACGCGCGACGGGUUCGCCUGAUCGGGAUUCUCUCCCAUAUCGACGUCUGCAUCGAGUGGGGACUGAACUUCUUCAUGGACGCUGCUGGGGAUCGCGUUGCCCGUCGCACUGAGGCGAUGGCGCUGGGGUCUGGGGAGGGGGGCCUGGGCCGCGUCGAGGAAGGCUUCGAUGCAGUGGCCGCUUCUCUACGAGCCGACAUUGAUAUGCUCAACGUGCGGCUUCGGGUUCAGUCCCGUUUCCUGGCACCACCUGGCGCCGCCCGGCAGUUGAGGCAGCUUAGGCAGCUUAGGCUCGGGGCUCGGACGCCGGUGGCCGCGGCCGCGGCGGGCGUCGGCCACGCGCGGAGGGCCGAGCAGAAGUCGAGCGACGCCACCCCCGCGCCUGCGGGGGGCGGCCCGCCGAAGCUGGCGGAGGCCUUCCCGGAAGUAAGCGCGGCGCGCACUGGCACUGGUCCCGGCCAGGGUAUUCACGGCGCGCCUGGCACUGGUCCCGGCCAAGCCGCCGUGCGAAUCGUCACCCCCGCGGCCGAGCGGCGCCUGACCGGCCGCGGCGCCGGGCCCGCCGGCUCCCCACGCCGCGGGCCCGCCGGCGGCGCCGCUGGCGUGGCCGCUGGCGUGGCCGCAGCCUCGGAGGCACGGGGCGGCCGCCGGGCACCGGCAGGCUGGCCCGCACGACCUCCCGAGCGGCUGCGCCGCGGCGGGAGCACACUGACGGCCGGCGGCUGCUCCUCUGCCGGCGCCGCCUCCGUGGGGCCAUUGCCCCGGCUCUUGCCAGCAGGGUCCAUCCCAUCACCCUCGCUCCGAAGUCGGGCGUUUCCCUCGGCGCGCCACAAACGAGUCGGACAAUGAAUUCGCCGUGCCUGCUGCAAAUCUAGCGGCGCACGGCAGGAGCGAGGCGCGCCUGCAAAAGUGCUUCGGUCAUUCAUUAUGUUAUGCAGCCGCUCCGUUUUGGUAUGAGAAGUCGUUCGUUCGCGCCGCCCGCCCUUCAGUUCGAUGCUCGUUUCGGUGACCUUCCUGGAGCCCACCUAACGGAUCUGUUCG